AUGGGCUUGGCUGUGCCCCUGGUGGUCACAGGACCUGGUCACACCAAGGUACUGGAAGGAGGAAACUGCCUGACCAAGAACCUGGUGCUAGGGGGCGUGAUUGGUGGGGGUAAACAGGAAUGUGGGACAACAGGGGUACUGGAAGGAGGAAACUGCCUGACCAAGAACCUGGUGCUAGGGGGCGUGAUUGGUGGGGGUAAACAGGAACGUGGGACAACAGGGUCAGCUGCAGCCCUAGCCAGCCGCGCCCGCCUGUGCCCCAUGCCCACCUCUGCGCGGACGACCCCGACUCCCGUGCCAGCCCAGACGGGCCGCGAAAGCGAGGGGGUCGGCUGUGCCCAUUUCUCAGACCCGGAAGCCAGCGGGCAGAGGCAGCUUCGCAGAGGGUCCCCGGACGGACUCCUUCACCGACUGUGUGCCCUCGGGCGAGUUACGCGGCCUCUCUGUGCCGCCUCAUUUGUAGAGGGCUGUAACAGUGACCUCGCACGGUCACCCGGAGUACUAAGCCCCAGUAAGGUGUUCAGGACUAGUAAGCCACUGUCAUCACGUAAGGCCCCCGUGCUGGGCCCUGACCGAGGAGUCGCCGCCUCUGGUCGCGUGCCCGCCGCUGCGCCCUGCUGGGACCCCGCGCUGCCCCGCUGCAGCAGCCAGACUGGGUCCCCCGGCUCCGGCACUGCGGGGCUUUUCCGCAAUAAAGUCACGAACGACGAGCACCGGGCGCAAGCGAGGCACAGUCGGGGAGUCCCGCGUGGCCCAGGCUCCGGGCGGUCGAGUGGGGCCAGCAGGGGGCGCUGUGGCCUCAUAAAUCCCUGGCUCGGGCCCGCGCCGGGGGCCCUGCGCCUGGCAAAGCCAGGGGCUGAUGCUGGGAGCCGGCGCUUUGGGGACAGCUAG